GAGAUCUUUGUUGGAACAACCGCCGUGUUGUUUAUGUUUGUUUACGCGUUUUAAAUACACUUUUGUAUUGCUUUGCUUGAGCCUUUGCUUUGACAGUGAUGCUUGAUUCGCAGAGGGGAAGGCUAUUGUGUUUUGUGGAUCCUGUGGCCAGCGCAGUCCACCUGUGGAUGGAUGACAUGGGUAUAAAUGUGCAGGACUCGGUUGGGCUCCUCGCUGUUAUACUAUUCGAAAGUCAAUGCCUAGAUCUACCGCACCCCCGCACGUGAGCCUGCACCUCCCUCCUGGCCUCUCGUCCUUCGAAGAUGUUUGCGCCGAGUCGGAUGCCACCAACAGUGCUACUGACUCAGACGAACUUGAAGAGCACACACUCACUGCUUUCGGUGAUGUCUCCCUCACCGAAGUACAAAUGCUUGGCUCAGCUACAAACGACAUUCGUCGCAUGAAUCGAUUGCGUUUGAAGGUGAAGCGCCCGCCGUUCCCUAAGGAUAAGCGCACGAGCGUCCAAUACAGUCCGAAGAAUCCUGGUGGGAGAUUAUUUGACUCGUCACCAGCUCAGUCUCCUCUAUCACCUUCCUUGUUUUUGGACGCAUUGAGAAACUCCCUGCGAUCGGGCAAGCGACGUGCACAUGUAGACGCUGUCGAUGUAGAAACGCAACUUCGCACAGCUGACUCCCGAGAGUCCACCUCCAGGAGCUCGAGUGAUUCAUACGGUUACAAACCUGGGCAGUCAGUGAUUGUCAAGGACGUUUUUUCCGUUGCCGAGGUUCCUGAACCGGUCAAGGGUUGGAGGAAAUUACCCCCCAGGCUGCCAAUCCCGAAGUGGGAUGUCGAUAAUUGAGUCGCACUGCAUUUUUUUCACCAAUGUAGAAUUACUAUGUGCUGUAUAAUUGUUUCAAUACAUACCCUUGGGAUAACGUUC